GUCUGGUUGCUGACGUGAGGCGUCCCUGACAUCGGAGGGAUUUAGGUGACAGGGGAUUGGUGUUGUUCACAAAUAUUGUGCUUUUGUUGUGCUUUAUUUUAACUUGGAAUCGUUUUCCACUUGUUUAGUUUUCAAAAUGCCACGAAGGGCUAUGAGAUGUCGCGUGGAUCUUAAAAUCAGAGCGGUGACAGCCCCAGGAGUUUGGUUAUGUAGCCGAGAAGAUGUCUAUCUUAGUAUCUGUAUGUUUGGUGAAUACAGAACCACCAACCUUGUUCCUUCUAUUUUCCCAUUAUUUAUAAAAGAAGAAUUAGUAUUUGACAAAACUUACUACACAGCAUUAGAUCCUUCAGAAGUGGCAGAUUACCUGGAAGAUGAGCUGGUCAUAAUAGAACUUUUACAAUUGCGUGAGGACUGUGAUGGUGCUACUCGUCUCGCUUCAUAUUCUUCAAAUGCUCGCGACUUCCUGUUUCCAUACCCAACAUUAGCACCUGCUUAUGCUUCCAACACUAGAGAACUGCUGCUGGCUCGCACCUUAGACUUCCCGGGUAUUGCACCUAAGCUGGAGUUUGUCACUGUGACCAACAUCUCAGAGUCUCUGUCCCCAGAACUUGAUGCUCUGGAAGAUGCCCUAAUGGAUGAAAGGAAAUCUAGAAGGCGGUCCAGAUCUCGACCAUCAUCAAGAAAUUCUAUGAGGACUUUCGUGGAUGUUGACCCUGAGGAGGACCUGAGAAACUACCACAAGCCAACAGUUGCCUCUGUUUUUCGUUCUAGGUCUCCAUCUCCCGUGUACAGGAAGAAAUUAGAGCAAGUCGGAACAAGCAAGCGUCCCUCGAGUUCUAGCUGUGUGGGACGACCACCAUUUGUCGUCAGACAUCUGGAGAAAAGUCUGAUCGGUCGUGUCCCAGGAUCAGGAGGACCAAAAACAAAAAAGAGUAAGAAAAAGGCCAAGCGUUCCAGCAGCCGACCUCGAAGUGCCUUGUCAGACACAGAAUACUACAGCGAUUAUGCCUCAUACCCAACUCUAAGCAAAUACCGUUCGAACAAGUCACUGCGUGAUGCUGGAGAUGACCCAAUCCCUGUCUACCAGUCAAGAUAUGUCCCGAGUGAUGACGAAGAUGCUGAGGUAGCUGCCCUGACACGCUCCGUCGAUGACCUUUACAUUCCCCCAAGGUCACGCUCGCCCAGCCCUCUCCUGUAUCGUUCUUCCAUGCGACAGAGAUAUGGUGGCCUGUCGCCUGCUGAGAGGAUCGAACUGAGGGUCCAGGAGAGUCUAAGGAGGAGUCGUGAGAUCCUGAGGAGUGUAUCUCCUGCUCCAAGGAGAUACUCCCCUUACAGUUCACUUUCCAGAAACUCAUUGGAUGACUUAGCCAUUAAUACGAGCAUUGUGAGGAGUCGGAGGUAUUAUUAGCAGUCCAGCUGUGGGAUGCUCCUAGCUUACAUUCCACAAGCCUAUGUACACCUGGACAACGGAAAAUAUUGGACAGAAAAAGCAGCUCAAUUCACAGCCAAGUCUCACCGACAAGUUUUCAAUGAUACCCUGAGCUCAUCAUAUCAGAAGAUGUAUAAGAAUGCAUAUUAAUAGCGGGAGAGGAGUUUAGUGUCAGUGGUCAGCAUAUACUGCCAAUAGGGACCAGUGUCAGCCAAUCUCUGUGAUAUUUUACUGUACCUCAACAAUUUUAGUGAGCUUUUUAUUUCUGUAGAAUUUUUUCAAAAGUAAUUUAUUAAAUAUAUAAACCUGAUGUUCACAGCAAAAAAUAUUUGUGAAUUUCAUAAAGUUAAUGAAAACAAGCCUUCUGUAAUAACAUAUGCAUUUGUUUUUAAAAUUUUAUAAAAAUAAAAAAUCUCAAUAAUUUUGUCUGAUCUACAGUGAUAUUUGUUUUCUGAUCAUUUGUUUUAGAUAUCAUGUUAGAUAUUUAUGAUAUUUAAUCAAAUAUUUAUUUAAUUUGUCUUUUUACUAAUUCUGCUGAAGGCAGUUUAAAAUAUAUUCAAUAUCUCUCAUUACCUCAAAAGGUAUUUAGGAUAAUUCAGAUACGUUUUUUUUCUAUAUCAGAGCUAAGUAGAAUGACAGGAGGCCUACAUAUACAAUACCUCCACCUUAAGUGCUGAUGUUGUUAUCAGAACAACUUUUAUGUUGUCAAAAGUAUCCUACUUAAAUGGGUAUUUUUUAAAUGUUUAUGUACGCAUUAUGAAGCACACUUUUGUAGAGAAAUAUAAGAAAUGCCAGUAAAACCUACAAAAUGAUUUUAUUUCUGUAGCUACUAAAAAUCAAUGAGAAACAUAACUUGGUGUUGGAGGUUGUUUACCGGUAUGUAUUAAGAUACCAAUUUUUUCUGUGAUUAAUUAGCUCUUUAAAAUUUUUAUUGUAAUUAUUAGCUAUUUUCAUUUGUUUCCUUGAAUGUCAAAUGUAAAUUUAUCAUUAAAAAAAAGCAAAAACAAAAAAUUGAGAUGUUAUUAUAAAACCAUAAAUAGUUUUUUUCUGUGUGCAUGAGAUGACUCAGUUUUUUUCUUUUUGUUUUUUCAAAAAAUUGAAUCUCGUACAUACUAAAAUUCUUUCCUUUAUUUCUUAAAUUUUUGUUUACCUGUAAACUGUUUACAAUUAAUGUUUUCUGUGGGGGGAAAGUUUGCUUUAGUAAACACAUGUUGAUUUAGAUAUUUUUCUAUAAUAAUAUGUAAGAACGAGAAUUCUACAAUGCAAAUAUUGAAUGGACUUGUCAAACAUGGGAUAUAUAAAAUUUGUUGUAGUAUGAGGCGAAGCCUUUCUGAUACCAAUACUCCAGCCUCCAUUCAGACCUUGGAUUCCAGUAUUAUGUUGUAGUCACUCUUAGAGAAUUAGCAGGGUUUACGAUAUGUAACAAGUUUAGUACACAAUUGUUUAUUUAUUUGCCUGCCAAGUAUAUAAUAUAUAUAUAUAUAUGUAUUUGUUGUUGCAUGUAUCAGUAUCAGUUUAAGCUAGAAUUAUUUUUUAUUUCCCCUUUAUCUUAAGUGCAGAAUCUUACUUACCUUACACAAAUAAUCCAAUUAAAAGACUCCAUUUCAAACAAGUCAUCUGGAAAUGAAUUAGCGUUGAGGCGUCAGUUGCUGUUUCAUAAAUUGAUAAAAGUUGUGAUUUCAGAUUGUUUUUUUCUGAGAAUUAAUAAUUUGUAUGGCUUGAUCAGGAUCUAUAUACAUGUUUAUAGGAUGUUUGUGGGGGGUGUUUACCGAAAUGAACAUUAUUUAUUAAGGAUGUUUGUUGAAAUGUUGGCUUGGGAGUUCACCAAUUCAUUGUGACAUAAUCUUGAUUUGAAAUACAGUUUUAGUGUUAACAUUAAUGGCCUAUUACUAGUCCAGAACUAGUGGGGUGAUUUAUAUAGAUGGCUAUUUUUCUUAAAUUGAAACUUUCUUUUCAUUGGUUACAUUUUUUAAUUUAAUAACUUUAAAUGUCGUAAAUGUUCUUAUCAAUAUAAUCUAUCAUCAUAUAUAAUUAAAUCUCAAUUUAAAUAUUUUUUAUAUUUGUAUUACUGAAAUCUUAAUCAAACAGUUGCAACAGUAAUGAAAAUUCAAAUUUCUACAUAGCCAGUGAUGUAGAGAUCCCAUAUUUGUCUAUCCGUCGGAUUUACGAAAUGUGUGCAAGCCAGUCUUGUAGCAAUCCAUUAUUCCGUCCAUCAGAUCUACAAUGUGUGCGAGCCAGUCUCGUAGCCAUCCAAUAUUCGGUCCGUCAGAUUUACGAGGUGUGUGCUGGCCAGUCUCGUAGCCAUCCAAUAUUCUGUCUGUCAGAUUUACAAGGAGUGUGCGGGCCAGUCUCGUAGCCAUCCAAUAUUCUGUCCGUCAGAUUUACAAGGUGUGUGCGAGUCAGUCUCGUAGCCACCAAAUAUUCCGUUUGUCAGAUUUGUCAGAUUUAUGAGGUGUGCGCGAGGAAUUUAUACACACAUUGCACAUUCUACACACCCCAGUGAUUUAUGUCUAGUUUUAUUCGUAUUUAAAAAUUGAAAUAUAAACAUGUAAUACCAAAUAGAAAAUAAAAUAUUUAUAAAGCAUUA